AACCAGAGGGCAGGAUGGAAGAUGUCCCUCCUGCUCAUACUGUGCCUUCUACAAGGUGAGUCCCAAGCACAGCCCAGACAGAGGACUCAUCUCAGACAGCUGCGGGCUGGCUGUCUCCCAUCCAAGACCCACCUCUGGGCCAUGGAAGCACUUGCACCUUCCUCAGCCCUCUGCUGGUGGGAGGCAAGUUCCUUCGUGACUGCGAAUGCAUUGAAGGGCCCAAGACUGGUGUCUGGCGAUCCUGGGGGAGCUGUCACCAUCCAGUGCCAUUACACCCCCUCAUCAGUCAACAGGCACCAGAGGAAGUACUGGUGCCGUCUGGGGCCCCCGAGGUGGAUCUGCCACACCGUUGUGUCCAGCAGCCACUACACUCACCAUCGCUAUCAGGGCCGUGUGGCCCUGGCAGACUUCCCACAGAGCUGCUUGUUUGUGGUGAGGCUGUCCCAGCUGUCCCUGGACGACGCAGGACACUACCGCUGUGGCAUUGGAGACAGAAAUGACAUGCUGUUCUUCAGCAUGAACCUGACUGUCUCUGCAGGUCCUUCCAACAGCACCCCUACUGCUCCUCUGGCUGCCGGUGACCUCAUCAUGGGCUCCUCAGGAACAACCCCUCCAGUGGCCAACAGAUGGACCCCAGGAACCAGCCAGACUAUAGAAAGAUGGGGAACAGAGUGGAACAGAAUUGCUCCAACUCCAGGAACCAGCAAAACCACAGCACCAGCUAAGGGAAGACAAACCCCAAGAACAAUCAGGACAGUAGCUCCAGGGACAGGCAGCUGGGAGGAGGGUUCCACCCAGGCAACAGCUCCCAUUCCAGUGAGUCCAGCUUUAAAAAUCAGAAGCAUGUCCAGUACAACAAUCAGAAGCUCAGUAACAAAUAAAGCUAGGGUCAGCGAGGUCGAGACCAAGAUGACCACAACCAAGGCCGAUAGGCCGAGGGAGGAAACAGAGAGGGUCAGGAUAGCUCUGGAUCCUCUGGAACAGCACCUCCAGUGGCCAACAGAUGGACCCCAGGAUAGUCCCCAGGAUGCAACCAGGAAGGUCAUAGGAACCAUUAAGCCAUCAGCCCUGGUUUCAGAAAAAUUGGCCUGGGAAACUCUCCAAGAAGCAACACCAGUUUCUAAGCAACAAGCCCUGGGCUCCACUGAAGGAACCACCCCAGCUGCGGGCGUGUGGACCUUGGGAACCACCAGCAUAGAGACGGUGUCUGUGGAAGGAAGCACUGAAGGGGACCUGGCCACUGCUGCUGGAGACAGUGGUCCCCCAGCAAUGACCAGCCAGGCCCUGGCAGCAGGACCCCUGAGACCCUCUGGUGAGGAGUCCUCCGUGAAGAGUGUCUUUCCAGAAGAGGAAAACAACUCUCGGAUCCUGACCCCAGUCUCUGCCGUGCUGGGCCUGUUCAUGCUUGUGGCUCUGGUUCUACUGCAGAGGAAACUCUGGAGAAGGAGGACAUCUCAGGAGGCAGAAAGGGCUCCAGGGGUCACCCUGAUUCAGAUGACAUGCUUCCUGGAGCCAAAUCGCCAACCAGACCAGCUGCCCCAUGUGGAAAGGAAGAUGCUCCAGGAUGGCUCUGCUCCUACCCAAGCCAGGAUGACUGUCCCAGAGAGGGAUCCAGGACCCUGA